AUGGAGAGCUCGGAGCCGAGCCAGUGGUCUCCGGCCAGGCGUUCCGAGUCGCCUCCAGCGUCCGCGCUGCUCCUGUCGGCGGCCGCCAGCAAGGCGCUCCAGCACUCGGGCAGCGGAGGCGCAGGCUGCCGCGGUGGAAGUGCGAGCGCUCGAAGCGGCAGCUUCUCCAUCGACAGCCUGCUGGCCGAGGACGCGUCGCGCCGGAUGCCGCUAGACCUGAGGCCUUCGCCGGGCGGUGCGCUGGCCGGCCGCGUGGCCCCCACCGCCGCCACCGCCCCGCACCAAGCGAUGCCCAUGGGCGGGGCCCCGUGCCUGCGGCCUCUGGCGCUGCACCACCCGGCGCUGAGGCACGCGGCGCCGGCGUCCAGCUACGAGCAGCAGGCCGCGGUUGCGGCUGCAGCGGCGCAGCAGUACGGCAUGACGGCGACGGCGGCGACGACGCCGGCGGCGUGGCUGGCGGCGGGCAGGCCGCUCUUCUUCACGCUAGCAGAGAUGUACGGGAUCGGGGCCCCAAAACCUUCUGGACGAAGGCCCAGGAAACCGGGCGUCGAACGGAAGCCACGACAGGCCUACAGCGCCAAGCAACUCGAAAGGCUUGAAGCGGAGUUCAAGGUAGACAAGUAUCUCAGCGUUAGCAAGCGAAUGGAGCUGUCGGCAACGCUGAAUCUGACGGAAGUCCAAAUCAAGACGUGGUUCCAAAACAGAAGGACGAAGUGGAAGAAGCAGAUGACGGCGCGCAUGAAGCUGGCUCAGCGGCAAGGCCUGUGGGCUCCGCACUACCUGGCGGCAGCGCCCGGACACGCUUUCGGGUCCUUUCUGGGCGCGCCCGCAGGCUUCACAUACGGCGCCCCUCCGGCCGCACCCUGCGCCGCCAAUCCGGUAACAGGAGAGCGAAGCCCAUCGCCGGAUCCUUCUAGGGACGACAGCUCGACAGAGGACAAGUAGAUCACGCGCCGUGACAGUGCGCGACACCCUGACGCUCCAGACCGCCUAGCAUACACUGGCAAGUCCCUUGACGGGGCAAGACCGAGACGCACUCGCUGACCCAAGCACGAAUCUAUCGGUCCUGACCUUGACGGCGAAACGUUGUCGAGGUG